AUGGUAAACGGAAUCCUCAAAAUGUCUUUUUGCCUCAUCCUUGCCUUUUGCUUAUUAACUUCCGCUUUUGGAAGACCACAAGAAUUACAAGAAAAUGAAAGAAAAGAUUUAAAAAGACAAUUAUCCGAAGGAGAAGAUUUGAAAACAGAUAAUUCUUACGGAUUGGGAUACGGUUUAGGUUACGGAUACGGAUACGGAGGUUAUCCCUAUGGAUAUUAUGGACUCUACGGAUUGGAAAAAAUUAUACCUAAGGUUAAUUUUUUUUUUUUUUUUAUUAAAAGUUACGGAAAAUAUUGGAAACAUUUUAUAUUGUAA